AUGGAGGAUGAAAAGCUCAUUAGGCUUCAUGAUAUACUCUCAAAGCUUCGUCCAGGUGGUAAAAAGGGUGGUCUAGGUUUUGCGUCCAUUGGCGAGCGGAAAGGAGCUAAGCGGUCCGAUGGGCUGCCAAACAAUGGACUGUACUCUAUGUUUGUACGACAGGGUGAAGGUGCUUAUCAGCAUAAACACUGGGAAGAAAGUCAAGAGAUAGAUACAGAGAUGACUGAGAGAAAAACGAGUAAGAAGAAGAAGAAAGCCAAGACUGUUGAAAGCAGCAGCGAUGGUCAAGAGGAGACGGAAGCGGUCGUGAAGAAGGAGAAGAAACGUCUGAAGAAAAGUAAAAAGAAGGCAAAACGUGCUGUGAAAGAAGCUGCUGAGGUAGCAGAAGUUGAGGUGGAGAAAGUUUCUCAGAAGAAGAAGAAGAAGAAGCGGAAAUUAGAACAGGUCGCGACGGAUGUGGCUUUUUUCCACGACAAGGACGAGGAAGAGGUGGCUGCAGAGGAGCCCAUGAAAAAGCAGAAGAAGCUGAGGAAGAUUGCUGUAGAGACUGCAGCAGAGGAGGUAGUUGCUUGUAAGAAAAUUCGGAAGGACAAACAGGAAAAGAAGCACAAGAAGAAGAAGAAGACCAAGCAUUUGGAGUAG